AUGAAAUGUAAUACAUGUCAAAGGUUAGGUCAUUUUGCUCGCGUAUGUCGCUCGAAGAGUGUAUCUCGAAAGCCGUAUGAAUCUCAAAAGACUUCGAGUAAAAAGACGAAAGCGUAUAGAAACGUCCGUGCAAUUCGACGCAAAGAUUCAGAUAGUAAUGAAUCGUGUAUUGAAAGCGAAUCCGAAGACGAACAGAUUCUGUUCAUGGAAGGGCAAGACAGUCGUGUCCAGAUUACAAUCAAUGGUAGCAAUAUAAAGAUGGUCGCCGACACCGGUUGUAGGCAGAACAUUAUUUCUUCCCAGUUGUAUACAGAGCAAUUCAAAGAACACCCACUCGAAAGCACAACCAAACAGUUUGUGGCAUAUGGUCAGAAGGUACCGCUAACCUGCCUUGGUCAAUUUAAAGCCAGUUUGAAAGCAGGUGUGAUGACUAUUCAUAGCUUUGUGUACGUAAUUAAAGGCCAAGACGAGUCGCUGCUCGGGAGAAAAAGCUGUUUUGACUUGGGAAUAUUCAAACAAGUCAAAUUUGUGAAGCAGACUAACUCUAACUCUAAGAAGAUUAAUGACCCAAGAUUGAACUCAUUAGUUAAUGAAUAUAAUGACUUGUUUCACGGGUUAGGUCAAAUUACAAAUUAUUCGCUUAAAAUUAAAUUAGAUCCAAAUGUUAAACCAGUAAACCAACGUCUGCGAAGAAUUCCCCUUAGUCAAAUAAAGCAGGUUAAUGAUGAAAUUGAUAAAAUGUUGAAGGAUGACGUCAUUGAAGAGGUACCCGAACCAAGCCCUUGGGUUUCUAAUCUUGUAGUGGUGCCUAAGGCAUCAGGAGGUUUAAGGGUUUGCUGUGAUUUUAGAGAGUUAAAUAAAGCCAUUGUAAGGGAACGAUAUGUUCUUCCCAAAGUAGAAGACACUUUGGAUGCCCUGAAUGGCUCAAAAUAUUUUGCAAAAAUUGAUGCAAGAAGCGGAUUUUUCCAAUUAACGCUGUCAGAGGAAUGUAGAUAUUUGACAACGUUUAUAACAAACAAAGGCUGUUUUCGUUUCAAGCGUGUUCCGUUUGGGUCAAGCGAUAUCAGCGAAACGUUCCAAAAAGUCAUGGAAGAAAUUUUGUUCGGCCUAAAAGGGGUAGAAAUCUCGGUAGAUGACGUCAUCGUCCAUGCAGUAACGAUAGAUCAAUUAAUAAGUAGGCUGCACGAGGUAUUUGAAAGGUGUAGGGAACGUAACUUAAAGUUAAACCCUAAAAAGUGCGAGUUUGGGCUUACCCAAAUACCGGUGUUGGGUCAUGUCGUGUCAGCCAAGGGUAUUCAAGCAGACCCGGUGAAAACAAAAGCAAUUCAAGAGGCCCCUCCCCCUGCCAACGUUGCAGAAUUGAGGUCAUUUUUAGGCGUUUGUGGGUAUGUAUCGAAGUUUAUACCGAAUUACGCCGAGCUGGUUGAACCCCUUAGGCGGCUGACAAGGCAAGGCACUAACUGGACAUGGGAUAGUGAGCAA